AUGUUCAGGAAACACAAUAGUACAAAACAAUACAAAAAACUGAGAUACUUAUUAUACUUACUUAUUGUUUCAGGAACAUUGACUGUAAACGUGAGCGUAUUGCUGUUAAGCUUAGCUUCUCCUGACGAGUCCAGUCUGAAGUACGAGGUAGAAUUUUUGCUCCAGCAACAGUGGUACGAUCCACGAUUGCGUUAUAGCAAUAGAUCCAGAUAUGAUUUUUUAAAUGCAAUUCAUCAUUCUGAAGAUAUCUGGUUGCCGGAUACAUAUUUCAUAAUGCAUGGGGAUUUCAAGGACCCAAUCAAUCCUGUUCAUUUUGCCCUGCGGAUAUAUCGUAAUGGCACCGUCAACUAUCUUAUGCGACGUCAUCUUAUUCUAUCCUGCCAAGGUAGACUUAAUAUCUUCCCCUUUGAUGACCCAUUGUGUUCAUUCGCGAUUGAGAGCAUAUCGUACGAGCAGACAGCAAUUACAUAUGUGUGGAAAAAUGAUGAGGGAACGUUACGAACAAGUCCAAGCCUGCAAGCAUUAAAUGCGUAUCUCAUUAAAAAUCAGACAAUCACAUGUCCGAUCAAAGUGAGCUGGCGAGCUGACGGACAGAUCAUGGUUGACGAGGACGAGUUCGAUGAUUUUGGAGAUUCUAAAUGUUCGCUGUGCCAGCGCAGAUUUGAAGAGCAAGGUAAAAAUCAUAUCUAUCUCUUCGAUACAAAUAUAUGAAACGAUAAAGCCCAUAAAGCUUUAAAGAAGAACAAAUGAGGGAGAGAGAG